CAUUUUAUAGCACCCAUGUGCAGUACUUCUGAAUAGGAGAAUUUCCAGAACUGCCUUCAAAUAGCGAAAACAAAGUUUCCUCACUGAGUGCCGACCAGUAGAAGGAUUCGUAUCGUCAUGUUUCUGGCCACUACCUUGUGCAUCAGUAGAAUUUGCUCUGCAAAAACAAGAUAAUGGCCUCUUCAACCAGCUGAAAGAAAGAGUGUAUUUGUCCUCAUUUAUGAUGAUUUGACAUAAUUAGCAUUUUGCUAACCAUGAUGGCAACACAGACAUUAAGUAUAGACAACUAUCAGGAUGGACAACAGAUGCAAGUAGUAACAGAAUUAAAAACUGAACAAGAUCCAAACUGCUCUGAAACUGAUGCAGAAGGGGUGAGUCCUGCCCCUGUAGAAUCUCAGACUCCAAUGGAUGCAGACAAGCAGGCUAUUUACAGGCACCCACUAUUUCCCUUAUUAGCAUUAUUAUUUGAAAAAUGUGAACAAUCUACACAAGGUUCAGAAGGUACAACUUCUGCUAGUUUUGAUGUAGAUAUUGAAAAUUUUGUAAGGAAACAGGAGAAAGAAGGAAAACCGUUUUUCUGUGAAGAUCCAGAAACUGAUAAUCUGAUGGUAAAAGCAAUCCAAGUUCUACGUAUCCAUCUGCUUGAACUAGAAAAGGUUAAUGAGCUCUGCAAGGAUUUUUGCAGUCGCUACAUUGCCUGCCUGAAGACAAAAAUGAAUAGUGAAACUUUAUUAAGUGGAGAACCUGGAAGUCCUUAUUCACCUGUGCAAUCUCAGCAAAUUCCAAGUGCCAUUGCAGGCACACUCAGUCCCCAAGGGAUUAUGGUGCCAGCAUCAGCAUUGCAGCAGGGAAAUGUCACUAUGGCAACAGUAGCAGGCGGGACAGUGUAUCAGCCUGUCACUGUGGUCACUCCACAAGGUCAAGUGGUGACACAAGCACUGUCACCUGGGACUAUUCGGAUCCAGAAUUCUCAGCUUCAGUUGCAAUUAAACCAAGAUCUAGGCAUCUUGCAUCAAGAUGAUGGCUCAUCAAAAAACAAAAGAGGAGUUCUUCCCAAGCACGCUACAAAUGUGAUGAGAUCUUGGCUCUUUCAGCACAUAGGGCAUCCAUAUCCAACAGAGGAUGAGAAGAAACAGAUUGCAGCACAAACAAAUUUGACACUACUCCAGGUUAACAACUGGUUUAUCAAUGCUAGAAGGCGAAUUCUUCAGCCAAUGCUGGAUUCCAGUUGUUCCGAAACUCCAAAAACAAAGAAGAAAACAGCUCAGAACAGGCCAGUUCAGAGGUUCUGGCCUGACUCCAUUGCUUCAGGAGUUGCUCAGCAGCAAUCUAACGAGCUUACAAUGUCAGAUGGUGCUGUUGUAACAAUCACAGCCCCAGUCAACAUGAAUGUAGACAGUCUCCAGUCCCUGUCGUCCGAUGGUGCUACUUUGGCUGUUCAGCAGGUCAUGAUGGCAGGGCAGAGCGAGGAUGAGUCCGUGGACAGCGGCGAAGACGACGCAGGAGAUCUCUCGACGACAAAUAUCAGUGGGCUGGUCUUGGAUAACAGCGAUUCUCUGCAGUAGGAAUCAAGAAAGAGUGACAAAAUGCUUAGGAAAACGAAUGAACUGACUGACUGUUUUUAUAGUUUGCACAGCAAACAUUUUACACAAGUUUUAUUUCUAAUAUGUUUUAUAUGUAGAUAUAGAAGGGUGCACUUUUUUGUAUUUCAUAGUAAGCUUAAAGAGUGUUUUUGCAGGUGCAGCAACUUCUUUCAAAUGUGUUUUUUAUUUCUUUUCAUUUUCUUAUUUCAGAAAAUUAUAUCUAGUAAUAUAAAGAACCACAUAAGCACCCCUUUGUUCUCUGAUGAAUUGGAAGUGCUGCGGUUUCUAAAGAAUUAUGCAGUUUCAAUUAGUGCUGUUAUUUAACACAGCUCUUGACGGGCAGGUGAUGUAAAUUUAAAGCAUGUGACACUAGUGUGUGGAACUUGAUCAUUGCGUUAGAUACAUAUAUUUGAAAGAUGCUUCUGCACCUUAAAAACUGCUAGUCUGAGGUGGACAGCAACACACAGAAAGAAGAUGGUGAUGUGUGAUUCAGUAGCGAAUGUAUGGCAAUUUAAAUAAGUUUAGUUUCUCUCAUAGUCAGUGAGCCUGUUUAUCAUUUGCUAAAAAAAGAAAAAAAAAAAAUUCCUAUUUUUACCUUGCCGGGAUUAUUGGAUAAAAAAUAUUUUUAUAAAUUCAGUAGGAAUUGGGAUGACGACUGUAUUAAGCAGGAGAAAAACAAAUUUCCAGAGGGGAAAAGAAAAUGUUUAGUAUUCCUAUUUGGAAGGUCUGAAAACUGACCCAAUUUAAUAAACAAACCUACACUAGCGUCCUAUGAUUCUCAGCUAUCCCAUAGUGGUGUAGUAUAUUUGAUAACAGCCUACAGAACGGCCCACUGUUUGCUGGGAUUUUGAUAUUGUCAAACUUUGAUUUAUAUUAUGUGUAAACUAAUAAUUAAUAAUAUUCAAAUAACAAUAACGCUGUAUCUAAACAUGUAUCUGAAGAUGUUUGCUAAAUGGGUAUUCAGGUAAGUAAAUUCAAAUACCCACAACACUUCCAGUUAUUAGAGAAAUUUAACAGUUUAUAGUUUGUCCAUCUGAUGCUAAAAAAUGAAAAGUUGCCUAUUAUGCAGUGAUGGAUUUACUAUCUAUUUGCUAUUUUGUUGCAUUUGAAUAUUUUUUCCCCAAUACAAAAAGAAAUAAUUUAUGGAUUUAUAUGAAGUUUCUCUUCAAAGCUGCAGGUCACUGCUAGAGUAUACAGCAGGCUUACUAGAGUAGGAGAUCCUUGUGUGUCCUUCAAAAAUUGAGAGCUUGUCAUGAAAGCAGUUUUUUUGUUUCUUUUUGUUUCUUUUUUUUUUGUGGUAAUAGAUAAUUUCUUCUUUCCCCAAGUUUGGAGUCUGUGUCUGUCUACCCAUGAACACUUAGUUCUGGAACUUUGUAUUCCCGUUAUUAAGUACAAGUCUGCAAGUAACAGACUCCRAGAGUCUCAUGGUAUCAUCAAGGUCCUCUUCUCCUCCAGUCCAUGCGUCCYUAUCUCGGCUUUGAUCAAAGACAGAAAUUUCUUCUCAUUUAGACCACAUCUAGUUGCAUUUCUAACAUGACAGGCAAAAAGGAUGCAGAAAAGCUUUUAGGAUGUUAGGCGCUGUAUUUGAACAAAGYCCUUUAGCAAAUGCAAACAUCGAACUGAAUAUUCAUUUUUUUUGCUUCACAAAAUGCUCAGGCAUGUGCUUAGGUCUCAUUGAUUUCAAUAGGAUUGAAGCAUGUAUUUUUUGACAUGCUGAAAUUCUUGGAAGCAGGUCUUUAAAGACUGUUUCCCAAGGCRUUUUUAAGUCAGUAUGAAGAAGGAUUUCACGAAGAAACGUCAUGCUAGUGAUUGGUAGCUCUUUUGAAAAACUGGUGUUGGGCUUUACUCARCCCAAAUGCUUCUUCU